AUCACAGAGGCCUCAGCAGCUGGAGCAAGGCCACAAGAUAUUUUCCCCUCUGUUUUCUUCGGCUUUUAUUUUAAUUUUGAAAAUUAUUUCGAUAAACGGAAGCCGAGUAGAGAAAAUUCUGAAGCAGACCGACCUUCAACCAAUCCCCAUCUCUAAUUCCAAUGGCUGUGCUCAACUACAUCUCAGCUACCUCGACUCCCAUUCCCCAGGAUUCUUCAAUUACGCCCCCAAUACCAGGCCCAAGGCAAACCAAGAUCAUUCUACCCAAAAAGAAGCCAGAAAAAUGGUCCACCGGAGUGUCUCCGGGGGAGUACGGCGGCCCCCCGACGGCGACGAAGCUCCGCAAGUACUGGGGUGGCGAAAAAGAGGACCCUCUAACCUCCGACGACUAUAUCUGGAAUAGAGAAUUCAUGGGCCGGAUGAAAAAAUUAAUUCAGGACCAACCUAGUGAUUCUUCUGUUCAACCCAAUAAAGCCAAGGACGAGCCUUCUGGAUUUCUUAGCUUGAAUAGAGUCAUGACCCUUGAUAGUUUGGAAGUUGAUCUGAGUAAAGAAUUGAUGGCCCCUCCUUCAAUGCCUCGGUCAGAAAAGUUGGUCGAGGAAAAUAUUCAGAUUGAUAAGCACAAAUCACCCAGAUGGAAGUUAGCACCAACAAGGCGCGAGCAAGAGAAGUGGGAUAGGGCAAAUAAGGCAGCUACUGGAGGAAGUGAUGUGAUGUUUCGAGAAUUGAGACGGCCUCGAGGGGAUCCAGAAGUAUUGGCUUCCUUGUAUAGGGAACAGUAUUUUAAGUUAAAGAAUAAGAUGGAAAUCUUAACAUUGGCAAUAGGUGGUGUUGGUUUAUUCUCAGCUUAUGUUUCUUAUUCCCCAGAAGUUGCUGCUAGCUUUGGUGCUGGGCUAAUUGGUUCUCUAGUGUACAUCCGAAUGCUGGGAAGUAGUGUGGAUUCUCUGGCAGAUGGAGCAAAGGGACUUGUCAAGGGAGCCAUCGCACAACCCCGGUUACUAGUUCCAGUUAUACUGGUGAUGGUAUAUAACCGUUGGAACGGGAUUCUUGUUGAAGAUUAUGGAGUUAUGCAGUUACAGUUGAUACCAAUGUUAGUUGGAUUCUUCACAUACAAGGUUGCUACUUUUGUUCAAGCGUUAGAGGAAGCACUUACUGUUACUAAGGACGAACCGCAAUCCUGAGUAUACAUGUGCAUAUUUUCCCGGUUCAACAUUUCCUGUGGUACAUAAUAUUUAUACAUAUACAUAUAUAUCUUUGUAAGGUAUUCUUUGACCAUAUUGAUUCUUCAUCUCUUUGCCCAAACAUGAACUUCUAUAAUUACAAACAGAUAAGGCGAAAAAGAUAGCAAAGAUAUGAAAUAUUUGGUGAUAAGAUAACACAGCUGAAUACACCAACUUAUGUCA